AUGGGAAAAGACGUCGAGGCCAUUGACGAGAAGGGCACCGCCAGCGACCUGCCCGUCUAUGAGGGCAGCGUCCACCGCGCCAGCCGGAGGGGCUCUGCCGGUCUCGCCACGGACGUCCUGGCCGGCGAAGUCUUCGAGGGCCAUGCCCCGUCGACCCAGAGAGGCCUCAAGUCGCGGCAUGCGCAGAUGAUCGCCCUGGGCGGCACCAUUGGCACCGGUCUCUUCGUCGGCUCCGGCCAGACGCUUGCCCGGGGCGGGCCCGCCUUCAUCCUGGGCUGCUUCUGCCUCAUGUCUUUCCUCGUCUUCUGCGUCGUCACCGCCAUUGUCGAAAUCGCCACUUGGCUGCCCACCCCGGGCAGUUCGAUGAACCUCUUCGGCUACCGCUAUGUCUCGCGCUCCAUGGGCUUCGCUCUCGGCUGGCUCUACUUCUACUCGCUCGGCAUCCUGGUGCCCUACGAGAUCACCGCCGCCUCCAUCGUCAUCGAGUACUGGAACACCCCGGUCAACAUUGGUGUCUGGAUUACCGUCAUGCUCGUCGUCAUCGUCGCCCUGAACGCCCUCCCCGUCCGCUUCUACGGCGAGACCGAGUUCUGGUUCGCCAGCACCAAGGUCAUUAUGAUGCUGGGUCUGCUCUUCGUCUCCGUCAUCCUGUUCUUUGGCGGCGGCCCGUCGCACGACCGCCUCGGAUUCCGCUAUUGGGAACACCCGGGUGCCGCCAACACGUACCUGGCGUCAGGCAAUACUGGCCGCUUCAUCGCCUUGAUCUCGACCUUGGUGCUCUCCGCCUUUCCCUUUGUCUUCGCCCCUGAGCUGCUCGUCGUGACGGGUGGCGAGAUGCAAAACCCGCGCCGCAACCUGCCAACUGCCGGACGCCGCUACAUUUACCGUUUGAUCUUCUUCUACAUUGGCUGUGUCUUGUGCAUUGGUGUCAUCGUCCCCAGCAACGACGAGACGUUGACCAACGGUGGCUCGGGCGCCGGCUCUUCACCCUUCGUCAUUGGCAUGAAGCGGAACGGCAUCAAGGGCCUCGACUCGGUCGUCAACGCCGGCAUUCUGAUCUCUGCAUGGUCAUCCGGAAACUCGUUCUUGUACCUCUCCUCGCGCUCUCUGUACGCCAUGGCACUCCAAGGCUCCGCCCCGCGCUGGUUCGGCGCUUGCACCAAGUCCGGCGUACCCUACCGCGCCGUUGGAGCGAGCAGUCUUUUCUGCGCCCUCGCCUAUCUGAACGUUGGCAGUUCCGCGUCGGUUGUUUUCAACUGGUUUGUUAACCUUACCAACACCUCGGGCUUCAUUUCCUGGGUCUGCUGCGGCAUCGUCUACCUCCGCUUCCGCGACGCUUGCAAAGUCCAAGGCAUCGAGUCUCAGCUCCCAUACCGCUCGUGGGUCCAGCCGUACGGCACUUACUUGUCCAUGACGGCCUUCACCUUCCUUUGCCUGGUCAACGGCUUCGACGUCUUCUGGCCCGAGAACUGGAGUGCCUCAUCUUUCCUGACCGCCUACAUCGGACUCCCCAUCUUCCUGUGCAUUUACUUUGGCCACAGGUUCUGCCACAUGAAGGAGCCAUGGGCGUACGCGCCUGGGGAUGUGGACUUGCACACGGGGUUGGACCAUGUCCUUGCCGAGGAGACGCCACCAAAGGUGGCGAAGAAUAAGUGGGUGGCGCCGUUGAAGAUGCUAUGGGAGUAG